AAGACCUUACUUUUAACUCUCUUCAUUUUUCACUCUCACAAGUCACAACCCAUCUCUCAAAAAUGCCGCAAAACGAGGCUGCUGCUGCUGCUGCCAUAGACCCCAUCGCCGGUGGAAGCUUUUCCCGGCUUCUAUUCUCCGACCUUGAACCCGAAGACACCGAUCACCACCACCCCCCGAAUACCUUCACAUUUUCUGCCAAUAAAAAAACACCCAAAAUGCUCUGCUUCGGUGCAGUUUCAUUAACUCCCGAUAAUUCCGCCACCAACAAAAACUCAUCGUCGCCGGUGUCAGUCACCACAACCACCUCACUAUCAUCUAAUUCCAAUAUUAAAAGAAAUAUGGGGUCUGAUUAUUAUCAACCGGUUGUUCUUCCAACUGCUACUGAGGCCACCCCACCGCCGGUUAGGACCACCGGCCGCACCAAUAAAAAGAUGAGGAUUGAAAACACUCCUCCAGCUAGCCAUGCAAAGGUGAAGAAGAAAGAGAAGCUAGGAGAAAGAAUCGCAGCACUGCAACAGAUGGUGUCACCUUAUGGCAAGACAGACACUGCAUCAGUUCUACACGAGGCGAUGGGUUAUAUAAAAUUCCUUCAAGAACAGGUGCAGGUCUUAUGCUCUCCGUAUUUGCAGCGUGUCCUGCCCACCCACAUUGAAGGAGAAGAAGAUAAAGGUGGGGAAAGGAAGAAAGAGCUGAGGGCCCGCGGGCUAUGUCUGGUCCCGGUUGAGUGCACCCUCCAUGUGGCAGAAAGUAAUGGUGCUGAUCUGUGGUCACCAGCCAUGGUUCCUCGCCAUGGUUCCACAGCACUUCACUGAUGACACAGUCAAGGAAAGUGAACCAGUCUUUUGAAUUUUGAUACUAGCUAGCUACAAUGGCUGACUUAACUGCAGAAAAUCAGACAGUAACUGUAGAUCAUGUUUUUUUUUCUUUUGUAAGUUGCAAUCUUUUUUGGGUAGGGGAUGUGAAAGGGACGUGGCUCCUUUGGAGAUGGUCUUUUUGAGUAGUCUAGUCUCUGAUAUAUAAGUCAUAGUAAAGGUUUCAUAGUUUAUCGUCACCAUGGCAGUACUGAUCGAUUCACAUCACAGAUUUUUUUUU